AUGACGAGUUUACCUGCCAAAUUGAUCAACGGGGGAAUUGCUGGACUGAUUGGUGUGACAUGUGUAUUUCCUAUUGACCUAGCCAAGACCCGUCUCCAGAACCAGCAAAAUGGUUCCCGUCUCUACACCAGCAUGUCAGAUUGCCUUAUCAAGACCAUCCAAUCAGAGGGGUACUUUGGCAUGUACAGAGGUGCUGCUGUGAACCUGACUCUGGUCACUCCAGAGAAGGCCAUCAAACUAGCUGCCAAUGACUUCUUUAGACAGCACCUGUCCAAGGAUGGUCAGAAGCUUAGCCUGCUGAGGGAGAUGCUGGCGGGUUGUGGUGCUGGUACAUGUCAGGUCAUCAUCACCACUCCCAUGGAGAUGCUAAAGAUUCAGUUACAGGAUGCAGGGCGGAUAGAGGAUCAGAGGAAGCUGAUGUCCCAGGCUGCAGUUGGGGACCCUGGGGGCCCAGUGGAGUUGAGGUCCCAUACAGCAAUGCAGCUCACCCGGGAGACGCAGAGGGAACACACCCCAAUCCACAUCGACGGGGCCGCAGUGGAGAAGGUGAAAAGCUCCAAGUUCUCCGGCUUGGCCCCUAAGACCCACACAAACUUUUACAGAUGCACCAUUGAGAGCAUCCUGUUGGGCUGUAUCACUCCCUGGUACGGCAACUGCACCACCCGCAGAGCUCUCCAGAGGGUGCUAUGGUCUGCCCAAUGCAUCACCCAAUGCAUCACCGGGGACACAAUGCCUGCCCUCCAGGACACCUAGAGUACCCGAUGUCAGGACACCUAGAGCACCCGAUGUCAAGGUCAUCAACCACCCGAGCCACAGCCUGUUCACCUUGCUAUCAUCCAGAAGGCAAGCUUGGGAGGACGAAGUUAGGGAAUUCCAGCUUUUGGAAAAACAGAACUCCUCCCUGGUCUGAGUGGAAUAUAAGAACAAGCUGCAGACCACAAACCAACACAAAACACAAGGGAGUUCAAA